AUGGCACCUCCGUUGACAAGAAAUCGUGAAACAAAACAAGGAAUAUCUAAAAUAGAUCGAAUCUUGAAAAAAACAACAAAGUCUUAUGGGGAUUUAAAGAAAAUAUCCCAAACACAUUCAUUGACAUUGGAUGCAAUUCAGCGUUCAGAUGAAUUGGGGGAUUUGAAGCUUAAACGAUCGUUUAUGUCACUACGGUCACUUACAUCAAAGGAAAAAGUAUUAAGAAAACCAUCGAUACCAUUUAUAAAUGAAUUACCUGUGUUAAAAGAUGAGAGAUUAUGUGUUUUUGUUUUUGGAACAGGUUCUAUGAGUGAAUUGGGACUAGGACCAGAGCCUACUGGUCGAGUGGUGAAACGACCGCGACUUAAUCCACUUUUACCUCAUGAUACGGUAGGAAUUGUAGAUAUAGCAGUUGGAGGGAUGCAUUCUGCAGCGAUUGAUUAUAAAGGAAAUGUAUAUACAUGGGGAGUAAAUGAUCAAGGAGCCCUUGGAAGAGACACGACAUGGAAAGUGAAUCGAACAGAUUCAGAUAGUGAUGAUGAACAAAUGCUAAAUCCUAAAGAUAGUGUUCCAGGUAAGGUUGAAGGUAUUCCAGAUGGUGUAAAAAUAGUGAGGAUGGCAUGUGGAGAUAGUAUUAGUGUAGCAAUUACAGAUCAAGGUCAAGUAUAUGCGUGGGGUUCGUUUAGAUGCUCAGAUGGAAUUCUUGGGUUUUCACCUCAAAUUAAAGUUGCGCGUCACCCGAUUCAUAUAAAACAACUCAAAAACAUAGUUUCUGUUGCAUGUGGAACAGAUCAUGUACUUGCACUUACAGCAUAUGGAUCUGUAUUUUCAUGGGGGAAUGGUCAACAAUUUCAACUGGGCCAUCGUGUUGUCGAGCGAACUCGUAUUAAUGCGCUUGUACCUCGAGAAUUUGGACUUAAAAAGAUAAAGGCUAUAGGAGCAGGAUCCUAUCACUCAUUUGCUAUUAGUCAUGAUGGAAAAGUAUUUUCAUGGGGCCUAAAUCAGUUUGGGCAAUGUGGUAUUGAAAGUUCUGGAGGUGAAGACGGCGCUGUCGUAUCUAGCCCAACACAUGUUCAAAGUCUAGAUCAUUAUAAUAUUGUUUAUAUAACAGGAGGUGAACAUCAUUCUGCAGCAUUGACUCUAGAUGGUGAGUUGCUCGUUUGGGGAAGACUUGAUGCAAAUCAACUUGGUAUUCCUCGAGCAUCUUUACCCAAUUAUACUGUUCACGACGCCUCAAAUCGGCCAAGAUUUGUACCGAUCCCAACCAAAGUUCCGGGAAUAUCUCGUGUUAGGCGAAUUUAUUGUGGUACACAUCAUAACCUUGCAAUUCUUAAAGAUGACGGAAGCGUAUGGAGCUGGGGUUUUGGAGAAAGUUAUCAAGUUGGCCAAGGUCCUUCUGGCAACGAUAUUGAAGUCCCUACAAAAAUUGAUAAUACAGCUAUACGUGAUAAAGUGAUUGUUGCUGGUGGAGCAGGUGGUCAAUUUAGUGUUCUUUUAGGAUUGCCUUCUAAAUUAUGAUUUUUUUUUCAAUCAUUACUAU